UGCAUGUUAAAUGUCGACUCGUGUUUCUUAAUUACAGCAGGUUUAAUCUAGUACCCGUUGUCAUUGUCAUUAUUGUACCAAAAUGAUAGAGUGUUGUUCAAUAAGUUGGUUAAAUAAUUUGAUAUUGGUAAUGCGUUGCAUGAAGUAUAAAGCCAAGAGUAGCCUUGAAUUGAGUAAGCUAGAUUUAACCGAGGUCCGAGCCUUUUCCCUGAUCCCUUUUCAUAAAUUUGAAAUAAAAUAGUGUUUACAAAAAAAAAACCUGUAGGUACUGCCUUAGCUACGAGAACGUAGCUAAAAACGUUGAGAUAUAAUGAUGUCAGAGAGUGUUGAGAGAUUAAGCACAAUUUCAAGCAUUAAGCCGAAAUGGUGAUGAAGUUUUUGAUUCUUGCACAUCUUUUACAAGGACAUCCUCUUCAAGCAGCAGUGACAGUGUUUUCAUAAAUCCAAGUCCUAGGCCUUCUUCCUCAAGUUCCGGUACUGACAUUGUUAUCACGCAUCAAAAUGCUAGUGAUUGUGUUUCAGUUAAUAAAAAUCCCGGUUGGGCACAGCAAAUUGAAAUUCCGUUUGGGAAACUACCUAGUGACAUUUUGGUCCCCCUAAAUGCAAAUAAACCACUUAGUGCAGAAAAAAAAAGGAAAAUGGUUAGGAUACUUGUGGAUGAAUUCAGAAAAACAAGUCGACAUAUAACGUGCAGCCAGUUUCGUACCCUAGCCCAUCGUAUCACAUCAAGGUACAGUAUUCUACAGGAUAAAAUAGACAAUCAGAUUGUGGGACUUGGAUUUGAAAGUUUUUCUAGUAAAUUAAUAAUACGUAAUGAUAAUCUCAACAGGGGUAGCUCGCCUUUUGCUAAACAAAAACGUAAAACUGAUACUGGUACAAAUAGCGAUACAACUACAGAGAAAGAUACAGAAGUUUCAUCAACUUUAAAGAAAAAAGACUCGUACGGAUGCAUAAGUUGGAGUCCAGUUAUUGAAAACAUUGAUGCCUUAGAACAGUGUAGAAAUGAAAUGGUGGAUAUCUUUAGGGAACAUCAUGACGUUGUCAACUGGAAUGACGUAGAACCCAAAUUAUCUUUUACAUUUGCUUUGCAGCGAAAGGAAAUAAAUGAGAGUGCUCCUAUUAGUGACCUUUUGGAAAGGUGGCCAUUCCUUUUUCAGCUGCAGGGAAUAAUCAACCAUUUUAGACACCUCACCGAUAUUGACCUAUUAAAUACCAUGACAAAUAAAGUAAAUGGAAGAGCAAGUCGUAUACUAUCUUUUUUUAAAGAGAGCAAGACUGACUAUUUAGAUGAUAUUCCAGCUACCCUAAGACAAUUAACGAUUUUAUUGUUGAAAUAUUUUAAAGAAAAAGAAGAAGAUUUGUUUGUAUAUUUUGAUGAAACUAGAACAAAACAAGAGGUUCAAAAUAAAGUUAAAGAUAUGCAUGAACCAAAAAUUGCAGUUUUAGGCACAACUAUUGCGGAUAGUGACAUAUUUUAUUUAGUGGUUGAUGGUAUAAUUAUUCUUAAAACAUCAUCAUUUUUGAGUGCCUUUUCGUCGUACUUUGCAUCAUUCUAUAUCAUUAACAUUGAGUACCCAGAGUCUCUCUCUGGGUUGCUGGAGUUUUUUCAAAGGUGCAUUUUUGGUAUUAAUCCCGAUAAUGGUCAGAAAUCCAAAAAAAGAAGAAAGACACAAGUAUGCCAGAAAGUGUUAAAAUUGAUAAAUGAACUGUCUAACUUUGAGUGGAUGGAGUAAUUUUGAGGGAUAUUGGGUUUAUUUAUCCUUCUCAAAACUUUUUUUCCCGAGGGAAUACUCCUGCUAUAGAAAAUCUAUUAAAAAAAGUCAUGUUUGUGUCACAUGACUUGGCUGACACGAUGCCUAGCAAUGGGAUGGGUGCGAAGCUGAAGGAGAAUUCAUUGUAUACACAAGACGAAGUUGUCUUCAAUCACUGUCCAUUUAUCAUAAAUGUCAAAGCCUAAUUAAAUUCGUGGAAUAUCCACUGCCAUGACCUUUUCUGUGUUUUUACAUCAGAAACAGUUUUACGUUUAAGCUCACCAUCAAGUUUAUCAACAUAUACAUCAAGCCCCCACUAACGCUGAGAGAUCAGACAAUCUUAGUGUGCAACCUAAUCCCUAAUCAUCGGGUUGCUUGUUAGGGAAACCCUUACAUUUUUGCCCCAGAUGCGCUCCGUUGGUACUUUUGAGGGAAUUCAGUAUUUUUCUAGUAAGAUUGGAGGUUUCUACUUUUCAUAUAUACCUAAAUUGCCAUACUUUUAUUGAAAUAAGCAUCUGAUAAUACUUUCCUUGGAACCCAUCUUUAUAUGUUGUCAGUAGUAAAGUUCCAUCAGCCAGACUGAAUCAAAUUAUGCUAUUCUCACUAAAGAAUGUACAUGCUUAAUAUUAAUAUGCAACAUGAUAGGAUGUGUAAAAUUUAAAAUAGAGAUUACGCUCAGCUAAUAAUAUUAAAACAAGUUGGAAUGAUUGGAAAUCUUUUUCAUGCUGUUGUUUUAAAAUUUUGAUACUUUUGGAGUGUAAUUGUUAGUUUUUAUAUUGUCAAUUUAAAAUUCAAAUUUGUUAAUCUCCCAAAUUUUGAAUGAUUUCAUUAUCAGAUCAAGUUUUACAGUUAUAAUUUACUGAUAGUUUUAGUUUUAUUUUCAUGUUGUUAAUAUGUUAAAUUUUGCUAGAUAGAUUUGAGGUGAAUAUUACAACACUAUUGUAACACACUGACUAUAUUUCUAGAACAGAUUCAGAAUGUUAUUGUUAGAAAUUAAAAAGUUCAUUUAAAUAUUAUAAUGUAAAUAUUUUACAUGUACAAGUAUUAUAAUAGAUAAUACUAUUUUGUUGCUACCCAUUAUAUGGCACAUUCCUGGAAAUUUUCACAUAUUUGUUAUUUACUGGGUAUUUUUGUUUGCCUGCCUUGAGACAAGUUGAUAAAUAUUUUGGGGAGUUAUUUCCCUUGUUAAUGGGGGCAACAGAUUUUUUUUUUUUUUUUUCAAGUCUUAUUAUUCCAUGUACAAAUUAUUCCAUGUAUAAAUGUAUCUUAUUAUUAAUGAAGAAUUGUGCAUGGAGCCUUGUCUUUAAAUAUGUUACCAAACUGCUUGAAAACCAAAGAAUUUGUCCAAUCUCCACACAUUCUCAAUAUUGUCAUAGAAAAUUUGUUCUUGAUCCACUGUGUUAAAAAAUAUGGAUUUGUGGUUGAUAGGUUAAAAAAAACAACCAGUUGUUAGCUUUACUUUCUGACAAAUCUCAAAUUUUCAGUUUAUAUGGAUUUUGUCAUCUUUUAUUAUAUUUUAAACUAUCAUCAUGUAAUUGCAUAUUUGAGAUUUUGUAUCUUAUUUUGUUUUGAAUAAUUAAAUUCUAUUUUAAAUCUUAAAUAAUGUCUUUUUUGAUGCUUAUCAUACCAUAGUUUUUUUACAGCUGUAAAAUAUUUUCCGUAAAAUUUACGCACAAAUGGCUGGCAGCUAGGUUGCCAAUCUUU